AUGAAGCGCGCAAUACUCUUGGGUUCCGUUGUAACAUUGUCCCUAUUCCUCACUGCCGCCGCCAGAGCUGGCCCUCUCUGGCGCGAACGACUUGAUCAAGCACCUGUAUUAACCUCUCCGAAUUUCGCCAUGCCACCUACGCAAGACGCUUCAACAGGCGUCAUCCUGUCCGAUGUUAUUGGCAAGGAUAGGAUCAUCAACAUAUUCAGCGGUUUCACACGCGACAUAGAUACAGUCUCCGCACGCUUGGACGACGGAUCAAAGAAUGCGACCAUCCUGGCACCUGAGAACAGCGCCAUCCACAACCUCCCUAGGAAACCUUGGGAGGAUCCGAAGGACUACGAGCAGUUAGGCGCAGAUGCUUAUGGAGGCUCUGAUGGGCCGGACCGUGCUUCAAAAAACUUGGAGAAGUUUGUGAACGCACAUAUCAUCCCCGAGAGUCCGUGGCAUGAGGGCCACAAGAUCAAGACGUUGGCGGGCAAUGUUGUGUGGUAUGAAGUGAAAGAUGGCAAGAAAGUGAUCCAACCUGGGGACAUCGAAGUCUCCAGCGUCGCUGACAAAGUGGGCAAUGGUGAGCUUUGGAUCAUCAAGGGCGUCUUGAACUACGCUUGA